AAGCGUUCCACAAUAGACCCAUCUAGCAUUACAUUACCAUACAGGCUGGGCUUGUUUCACACGUGCCAGGAUCAUGCAUUUGCAGAUGUAAAUUCUGCGCUUUUAAACUUUGCAAAAAACUCGAUCUUUUUUUUGCGCACGGAAACGCCGAAAAGUAUCCAUAAAAGCAAAUGAUGGCUUUCCCGAAACAGUUUAUGACAACAUGUUGGAAGAAUCUAAAAAGCGACCGGCUGAAUAACCAGCUGUUUUUCAUUUUACGCGCCCUGCACAAGUCAGCAGCCAGCAAGGCUUUUGGGAUGUCCGCGGCUGGAGAAGAGGCCAUGCCUGAAAGAUUGAUCACACCGACAGAUGUCGGCGAGAAAGCCAGAAUCAAGACCCUGAAGGAGAUGCCUGGACCCAGCACCUUAUCCAACUUGAUCGAGUUCUUCUGGAGAGACGGUUUUGGCAGAAUUCAUGAAAUUCAGCUGGAGCACGGGAGGAAGUAUGGGAAAAUUUUCAAAUCCCGUUUUGGACCCCAGCUGGUGGUCUCAAUCGCUGACCGCGAUCUGGUGGCUCAGGUGCUGAGGGCUGAGGGUGCAGCUCCCCAAAGAGCUAACAUGGAUUCCUGGAAGGAAUACAGAGACAUGAGAGGCCGUUCCACAGGCCUGAUCUCGGCGGAGGGAGAAGAUUGGCUAAAGAUGCGGAGCGUCCUCAGACAGCUCAUCAUGCGCCCACGUGAUGUGGCGGUGUUCUCCGAUGAUGUUAACAAAGUGGUAGACGACCUGGUCAAGAGAGUUUGUAUUCUACGCACUCAGGAGGCAGACGGAGCAACUGUCCUCAACGUCAAUGACCUCUUCUUCAAAUAUGCCAUGGAAGGUGUGGCAGCCAUUUUGUACGAGUGUCGUUUAGGCUGUUUGGAAAAUGAGAUUCCCCAGGAAACUCAAAACUACAUCAACGCACUGCACCUCAUGUUCAGUUCCUUCAAGACAACCAUGUAUGCCGGGGCGAUCCCGAAGUGGCUCCGGCCCAUCAUUCCCAAACCGUGGGAGGAGUUCUGUUACUCCUGGGAUGGUCUCUUCAAAUUCAGCGUUAUUCACAUUGAUAAGAGAUUUACAGAGAUCAAGGCCCAGCUGGAGCGGGGAGAGAAGGUGGAGGGGGGACUGCUCACGCACAUGCUCGUUACAAGGGAGAUGAACAUGGAGGAAAUCUACGCUAAUGCAACAGAGAUGCUACUGGCUGGGGUUGACACGACCUCCUUCACGCUGUCGUGGGCCACUUACCUGUUAGCGCGGCAUCCUCAUAUACAGCAGAAAAUCUUUUCGGAGGUGACGAAGGCUUUGGGACCCGGAACAAUCGCCACAGCUGAUGAUGUACCUCAUCUGCCUCUUAUCAGAGGCCUGGUCAAAGAGACUCUCAGGCUUUUUCCAGUUCUCCCAGGCAACGGACGGGUUACCCAGGAUGACUUGGUGGUGGGCGGAUACUUCAUCCCCAAAGGGACUCAGUUGGCCUUGUGUCACUACUCCACUUCCAUGGAUGGGGAGAACUUUGCCGAUGCUUCAGACUUCCGUCCGGAUCGCUGGAUAAGAAAGGAUAACACAGAUCGUGUUGACAACUUUGGCUCGAUUCCCUUUGGCUAUGGCAUCAGGAGCUGCAUUGGCAGGAGAAUAGCAGAGUUAGAAAUGCAUCUGGCUCUCACAAGGCUCAUUCAAAAGUUCCACAUCGGCAUCUCUCCUGACACUGAUGAUAUAAAGGCCAAAACCCAUGGCCUGCUCUGCCCUGGUGCCCCCAUCCAUCUGCAGUUCACUGACAGAGAAAACUAGGUGCAAACUCCUCUCCGUGAGCUCUACUGUACUGUAUAUUUUAAUCGCAUUGAUUCAUGAUUAGGGUUUUUUUUUAAUUUUUUUUUUUUAAAUACACAUCUUUUAGUACACGGUCCACUGUUAGAUUGUAGAUACCGAACUGCGACUGAGGUUUUACUCAGGCAAGAAAUGUGUAUCUCCUUCUCCUGUUUGGUAGUGAGGAGGACAGAAAUAAUACUGGACCAAUAAUGAUAAGUUAAAAGCUGUUCUUGUGUGUAUAUUAUUUGUACUUAGUGAAAACCACUGCAGUUUGUGUGGACUGCUAGUCCUUCCAUUCAUCCUAUUCAAAAUAGAGAGUGGGGAAAAAUGAACUAUAAUCUAUAUAAUUAUACUAUAUCCUUUCAUAUCAAUGUGCAUGCAUGUACUAAAUAAUGUUAUGUGCACAUGUGAUCCUUUAAACUGACUGAGUUUGAGAAAGUGUUUCACUGAGAAUGUUGAGGGGCAAACAUGAAUGUAUUGAAAAUGAGCUGUUUCUUAGAAGUGUGUAUGUAUGUAAAUAAUGAGCUUUAUUUGAUGACUGUUUUAUCUGUGUUGCAAGCCAAAUUUUUUUUUUUUUUUUACCAGAUUACCUUUUUUCUGGCACCAUAUUUCAUUCAGACUGAUAAAACAUUUACUCAAGGAAUUGACAUUCAUGAUUUUAACCCAUAAUUAAUAUAUAAAGCAAACACAGUUAACUGAUAGAGAUGUAUUUGUAUAGGAAUCACAAAGAAAAAUUGUUACACAUGUUUUAUAUUGAUAUUUGAAGGUGGAAAAAGACUGUGCUUUUUAAAAAAAUUAAAAGUAAUUUGAUCA